UUCCAACGUCAGCUAUAGAUUGUUUAUGUCUAAAGUCUGCGGACAUCCGAAGGACAGAUCACCCAGAUGUGAUUAACGCCAAAAGAAAUGGUCUAAACAAAUACCUUAAACUAAUAAAUAAGGUUUAAGCAUAGGGUUUAAGGUGUCUCAAAGCGAAGGCGGAAAAACAGAGGAGCUUAUCCUCUCGCUUCAGGACGACACUUCCGGGUCUGGCCCCUGUUCGAGGUGAAUCUGACAGCCACCGUCUUCCAGGACCAAAGACCGUUGAGGGUUGCAGUCAUGUCGGCAGCUGCUCCGGGGACCAGCAAGGCGGCCCAUAGCGAUGUGGCUGCGAAGAAAAAGAAGGGACCCGGUGCCCUGGCCACGGCCUACUUGGUCAUUUACAACGUUGUUAUGACAGCGGGGUGGCUGGUGAUAGCUGUGGGUCUGGUCAGAGCUUACCUGGCCAGAGGAAGCUACCAUGGGCUAUACUACUCCAUAGAGAAGCCUCUGAAGUUCUUUCAGACUGGAGCUCUUCUGGAGAUACUGCACUGUGCUGUAGGAAUCGUACCGUCCUCUGUGGUCCUGACUGGAUUCCAGGUCAUGUCCCGGGUCUUCCUCACCUGGGCCGUCACACACAGCGUCAGGGAGGUGCAGAGUGAGGACAGCGUGCUGCUGUUUGUCACAGCCUGGACCGUCACAGAGAUUAUCCGCUACUCUUUCUACACCUUCAGCCUCCUCAAUCACCUACCGUACCUCAUCAAAUGGGCAAGGUACACUUUUUUCUUUGUGCUGUAUCCCAUGGGAGUGACUGGGGAACUGCUGACUAUCUAUGCAGCGCUGCCGUACGUGCAGAAGACAGGCCUGUACUCUGUCACUCUCCCCAACAAGUACAACUUCUCUUUCGACUACUACACUUUCCUCAUCCUCAUCAUGAUCUCCUACAUUCCCCUCUUCCCCCAGCUUUACUUCCACAUGAUACGACAGAGGAAGAAGGUGCUGGGCCACGUAGAAGACUACAGCAAAGUGGAGUGAGACAAGCAGCAUUCAGACCGAUCUGAUGAAGGGAAAAGAAACAAAACCUAUGUCUGCUUAAAGAAACGUGAACCAGUUUUCAAACUGCUAGAGCUGACCUGGCAGAAGAUCCAAUUAUCAAGCAACUUUAUAUAUUUUUUUCCAGCUGUUGUCCGGGUUGUAUAGAUGCUCACAAAUCACGAACAAACUGCUGUUUUAUUUUUGUUGUCGUUUUUUUUUUUUAAUGAACAAACUGCAGUUACUUUUGUUUAGUCAGGGAGCCUGCAGCUGUAAAGAAAAUGUAUCUUGAUUCGGAUACAGUUGAGCUGCUGUCUGAGCACUAAGCAGAACUCUGUCUCAGCAAAGCAUUGGACUGAAAGAAUGGAUAACCUCUGAUAGAAUGGAUAACCUCUGUUUUUAAAUGUCACUAUAAAAAAUCCCCAGUAGAUUUUUCACCUCCCCAUGGCUCAUCUUUUGGUCUCUUUUAAAUAAGCAGUUGUGCUUACUCUAGCUAUGUAGAAACAAUACUGAAGACUAGUACUGAAACUAGGUUGUAGGUUUUGCAUCCACAGUGUGUGUGUUGGUGCAAACUGUAGUCCUGAUUUGUAAUUUAGUUUUGUCUUUCAUUCAUUUCAGUCAAAAGUUUAAUUACAUUCCUAAGUUAGUUCAAUAAACCUUUUUCAUUCUGUGCUUGCAUGGUUUUCAAUCUAUUUUUCUCGUGUGUUAGCUGCUGUUUGGAUGUAUUUUUGACUUCUCUCUUAGUUGCAUUCUUAGUGGUUUGACAUCGAUCAUGUUGACUUAUGAAGCUCAGGUUUCCCAGUGAUGACUGUGAGUUGUGUCUUUUGAUGUCCUCAUUGUUUGAUGUUUAGGUGGAUUAUACAUUAAUAACCUGAAGUAGCCAGUAUUUUUCCCAUCACACAUCCAUCCAAGUGAGCAAACAUCCCUCCUCUCCUUAUAUGAUUGCAUUUUCUUUUUUUAACUAUUGAAAGUAACUAAUUUUAGCAUUUAUAGCUCCAAUAAAGUGAUACUUUAUAAACCUUUUAAUUUAGAACACACACUUUUAUUCAUGCUUUAUUAAGCUCUCAGUCUUCAGUUUUCAUCUCUUCUUCUCUUAUUAAUUAAAGCGGUCAGUGGGUCUUAUAAAUGUUAAAGACUUUUAUUACAAAAGAACAACUAAGACAUUAUAACUUAAGUUAUGGGACACUUAAAAAAGAAAAGCACAGCAUAGAGUAGCAGCAGUGUUUUCUGAUGAAAUUAGCUUUGCUAUGUAACAAACCAAACCGCAUUGUAGCCUAAAUAUAUGUUAGAUGGGUGUAUAGACUUUUAUUUUGAAAUACAGAGUGAUGGCGCUAUACUUUGGUACAUAAAACUGGUGGUCCUUAAAUUAUGUAGAGCUAUGUCAGCUAAACUACUAAUCCUAAGUGACAUGUCCCUGUCAAUGGGGGAUUAAUGCUUUAGAAGGAAGUGAACAGACUGUACUGAAUUCAAUUGGUGAGCUCAUAGUCAUGCCUUUACAAUGAGGUGAUCAUAAUAAUGUACAGUACAGAGAGAGAACUGUGAAUCAGACUAGUUCCAUAUUUUUUUGUUGUAAUGGUCAGAUUUGAUGCAAAAUACAUAAUGUUCACUCAUUGUUUUGGACAGUGUUACAUUUGUGACAUUUUGAAAUUGUAAUUCUGAAUGCUCCAUAUACUGUAUAUUUUGUUCAGCUCAGUUGCAGCUGUUCUGUCGAACAAUAGCUUAACACCAGGCUGAAAAGUAUUCUUUUAUUGCCCUCUUUUAGUUGAAACUUUGCCCCUCAGCAGAGAACAGGGUUUUGAGUUCAGCAAAAAUUAAAUUUUCAGUUUAAGACUCUUUUAAUGGUUGUUCAUAUACAGUACCUCUGGUGGUAUCUAGCCAUCUAUGAGAUUUCUGCCUCCAUCCCAGUGCAUAGUAGGUGAAUGGAAUUUAGUUCUGGUGCUCACAACAUUUCAAAAUUACAUAUAAAAAGUGCAACAUCUAUUUCCCCUUUAGAAGCCAAAACAAAUGUCAUGCAAUGCAACGGUUAAUGUUAUUAGUUACACUUGUGUUUGACAAGUUGUGAAAAAGGCUAGUGUUCUGUGCUUUUGCCUUAGUCCAAUGUGCCUCUCCCUGGUUUCUAGAAAAAGAUGUUGCUGUUUUAAUAUUUUAAGUUGAAUUUCGUAUAAUGUUUUAAGUGCCACAAACAAAAUUACUUUCAUAUUCAUUGUAUUAGGGGUGGAGCAGAAAUGGCUUCCAAAACUGUUGCAUGUCUAAAUACUGUUCUACUAGAGGUAGGUAAGAUUUGUAAAUUAGGUGAACCUACCCUUAAAUAUUUCCAAGCCCAGUCAUACUGUUAUGUGUUCUUUAAAAUGUGCUCUCAGAAUCUAUCAGCAUGCCUUUUUUUUUUAAGCAAUGUCAACAUUACUGAUCACUCCACCUCCAAAACAUGUUACGUUGCUGAAGUCUUGCUUGCUGUCAUGAUCAUAUACCUGUCUUACACGUAAUUAUGUAGCAAAGUGAGCAGCUAGUGGCUGUAAUGUCAAAUCUUUUCCCCCAUGAAUGGUUGAGCAUGAUUUGGGAUACUUGUUGGAAAUGUCUUGCAGGAGCAGACGUGCAGCUCAUUGUAAACCUGCAUGAAAGAGGAAAUCUGGAUGCCUGGAAUGAUAAUGUGUGUUAUAACCGAACUUAAAAAAGAAAAAAAUACAAAAGCAUGGCAUAUGUUACACCAGAACUGGUUCUACUUAAUAAACUUUUGAUACAAA